AUGGUCUUGCAGCAGCAUAGAUCGGCCCAGGAAACCAACGAAGCUCUCAUCGACGACUGCCUGAGUGUCUUGCGUGGCAUUGAGAUGAAGAUGACGACGCUCUUCAAAGGCGUCGCCGUCGUCACAGGUGCCGCUUCCGGGAUCGGCCGACAGGUCGCCAUCUCCUUCGCUCGCGAGGGGUGCAGGCGCAUCGCCCUGCUCGACAGAGACGAGGAUGGCGCCCUCGAGACGGCCCGCAUGUGCCGGGAGGCCAACGGCGAGACGCGCACCUUUGUGAUGGAGAUUGACAACCGCAACGAAGAGGACGUGACGGCCUGCAUGGAGAGCGUAGUGGAGGAGUGGGGGCGCAUCGACUACGCCGUCAACUGUGCCGGAAUGUUCGGCCCGCUGGCGCCGUCACACCUCUUGACGCCGGCCGAGUUUGACGACAUCACGGCCACCAACUACCGCGGUACCUGGCUCUGCUCCCGGGCCGAGCUGACGUACAUGAUCAAGCAGGAGCCCAUGAAGACGCACGACGGCAGGCCGGGCAACAGAGGCGUCAUCGUCAACGUCGCAAGUAACCUGAGUCUGGUCAGCCGGUCCGAGACGCCGGCGUACAGCGCCUCAAAAGCGGCCAUACUGAGCAUGACGAGGAGUGACGCCGUCGACUAUGCGAAAUACAACAUCCGCGUCAACUGCGUCUGCCCAGGAAUCAUCGACACGCCGAUGACAAGCGAGGUAUCGCCAAACGACCCGAUCAUUUCCGUGGCGCCGAUGAAGCGCAAGGGUACGCCGCAAGAGGUCGCCGACGCCGUGCUGUUUCUCUGCAGCUCCAAGGCGACUUUUAUCCAGGGUGCCUCGCUGUCCGUCGACGGGGGCUACGUGAUCACCUAA